AUGAAUGUGUAUGACAUGGUGCACGUCAGCAGAGCGCCAGCAUCGCCUUUCGUGGCUAGAUUUUCAGAUGCCCCAUCUCUCAACUCUUCCAGGGCAGUAAUGACUUGGUCCAAGUUACCUUUCAGAGCAGAGACAGCAUCGUGUUUAGUACUCCAUCGGGUAUCAGAAUCAGAUACCCUUUUGACAGUCAACUUGUCGGUUCUGUUUCUCCAUCACCAGAGUUGUGUGAUUUUUUGGGCGGCAACCGCGGCAUCAUUAACUGACGAAAUCGCUCAGCAUUUCUGUGUUCUUCUUAUUACCUGUCAAGCUGCCAGCCGAAUGAGCCGAUUACAUCUCCAUUUUUUCCCGCGCAACUAUGUAGCUUGCGAAGCACACUGGAGUGGAAAGCAGCCUGCCUUCCGCCGUCAGCCUUCAUCACCACUCACCAGUUGGCGACCUGGUGGACCGGGUGAGGAUUGUGUGUUUGAGAAGAAAGUCGACUUCCCUAAGAUUUCACCUCUCAUUAUAAACUCGGCGCUGAAGUUCGUGCUCCCAACCAAGGAAAACGACUCGGAAUUAAUCAGGCUACCCAUCGGUACUGACCUGACCUUAGCGUGCCCUGGGAAUACCAUUAAAGGUCAAGAGAAGGAGACUGUGGCGGCCAAGUGUACCGGAGGAAAUGUGCUUUCAGUCGAUGGAAAAGACAUGAAGCUUUCGGAUCUCGGGUGCAAGAGGAAGCCGAAGUCAGCGAUCCUCAGCCACUUGGACUACUGUGGCGCCGGUGACGUCGGUGUCCUGGCCAGCAUCGGUUUCCAGAUCCGCGAAGAUGAAUUCUAUGAAGUGAUCAGCGUUUGCUACGAUGAAAACAAAGAAACGACGCUUUAUUCGAAGCAUACGAUCCACGGAGCAAACAUCGCUGCUAAGGAUAUCGACCCUAAGAGACCUUCCUUCAAGACUUCCAAAGGGUUCUUCAACAUCUCCAUGAAAACUUGCUACGAGAAGAAGACUCAGCUGAAGUUAAUGCAAGAUCUCCUCCAAGAUAAUAGCAUGGCGGAGACCUACAUCUUCCCCAAGAAGCAAUACUACUUCGCCAAGGGACACCUGGCUCCUGACGCCGACUUCGUGACGGAGGCGGAGCAGGACGCGACCUAUUACUAUAUCAACGCAGUCCCCCAGUGGCAGGCCUUCAAUAAUGGAAACUGGAAGUACCUGGAGGUGGCAACACGCACGUUGGCCGAGUACUUGGGGACAGACCUGGAGAUUUACACCGGUGCUUGGGGAGUCCUCGAGUUAGACGACGUUAAUGCAAACCCUGUUGAGGUUUUCCUCGGGCUGACCGUCAACGAGCGCGUUGUGCCCGCCCCGGCCGUCAGCUGGAAGGUUAUUUACGACAAGAAAAACUCCCGUGCCGUGGGCGUCGUGGGCGUGAACAAUCCCCACAUCACCAGCCCUCCCACUCCGCUGUGUUCGGAUCUGUGCAGUUCUCUCCCUUGGAUCGAGUUCGACGUGAGUGACCUCGGCCACGGCUACACUUACUGCUGCACCGUCCAAGACCUAAGGGAAUCAAUACCUCACGUCCCUGACUUCGGCGAUGUCUCCCUGCUUGAUGUCAGCCUCGGGAGCAGCGGAGGAGGAUGCUAG